AGUUCUGUCUCCACGGAGACCGUGCAGGCUCCGCCAACGCCACGAAAGGCCGGCGCCCCCGCCCGACGGCCAAGGCCCGGACGUAGCCCAAAGGGAAGGAAAGGCUGGAGACGACACCCUGACCCCCAGCCUGACCCCCCCCCCCCAAUCCUCGUGGCCCCGGGCCGCGUCCCACCCCGCCAGAAGACUCGGGCCGGGGCAAGGCAGGGGUUAGGCUGGAGGCGCAGGCCGGGGGCACCGCCGUCCCGCGUGCGGGCGCCCCAGGCCGCGGCCCAUGGCGCCCAAGAAGAAGCGCGGGCCCGGCGCGGGGCGGCGGCCGGGCGCGGCGGGAGACGGCGCCGAGCCGCGGCUGUCGGAGCGCGGGCAGUACCUGCAGCGCGAGCACGGGCUGCUGUCGGAGCAGCUGCGCGCCUGCGAGGCGCGCGUGGACCACGUGCUGCGGGAGAACGCGGGCCUGGACCGCGAGGCCGCGCGCCUGCGCGAGGAGAACCGGCUCUACGCCAGCUACGUGAGCGCGCGCGCGCAGCGCUGCGCCCGGGCCGUCGUGCGGCUGGACGAGCAGAACCGCGUGGACCUGACGCAGAUCCACUGGCAGCGGGCCGAGCUGGCCUCGCUGUACCGCGGGCGCGAGGACGGCGUGCGCGCGCAGCUGCUGGACAUGGAGGCGCGCGCGGCGCGGAUGGCGCGCCAGGUGCAGGAGCUGCGGCCCUACAAGGAGCUGCAGCUGGAGCAGUUGGCGCGGAUCCGCGCGCUGGAGCGCGAGCUGCUGCACAUGCGCGUGGAGCACACGCAGCUGCUGCACCGCGUCAAGGGCCGUUUCCUGGAGGACAAGGCGGCCUUCGAGCGCGAGGCGCGGCAGCGGGUGCAGUCCCUGGCGCGGCGCGCGGAGCGGGAGGCGGCGCGCGCGCUCGUCCUGCACACGCAGGCCGUCCGGGCUGACAACGCGCGCCUGCGGCGGGAGCUCCUGCGGCUCCUGCGCUGGGCCCAGCUGCUGCACGACACGCGGCGCCGGCUUCUGGAGCAGCGGGAGCAGCUGCGGCGCGAGCACGAGGACACCCGGGACCUGGCGCGGGUGCAUGGCUGGCUGCGCCGCGGCCGCGACGGACCGCCGCUGUGGCAGCCGCCGCCGCCGCCCGCCUCGCGCCCCGGGUCCUUCGCCCCCUCCACAGCGCCAUCGAGCGUGGCUCCUCGGGCCCCGUCGCGCGCGGGCCCCGGGAUCCCAUCGCAGGCCCCGUCGAAGGCCGGUUCCCGGGUUCCAUCCCAGCACUCAUCGCGCGCGGGCUCCCGGGUCGCGUCCCUGGUCCCGCCGCACCGGGGCUCCCGGGACCCGGCCUUGACCCCGUCCCGCCCGGGCUCCCGGGUCUCUUCGAGGUUCUCCUUACCUGGGCCCGCACACAGCGCGACUCCCUCCGCUCAGCCUGUCCCGGGCCCAGGCUCUUCCCGUCCCGCGGUCGAGGGAGACGGCGGGCGCUGACGCCGCGGCGGAAGGCGAGUGCGGGCGAGCCGGCUCGGACGGCGGGCGCGGGCGGGGCAGGUGAGCGCGCGGCGCCCGCGGACUGCGUGAACCUGAACGCGGUGUUAAUAAAGGUGUGACCGGCCCUCCUGGUCUGGCGCCGCUGGGACCACUCACUCUGGCUUCCAGUUCCCUAACUGCGCGGUGGCCUGAUGCGUUCCUCUCCUCCUCCGCUGGCCCCAGCUGCCCCGCAAGUGGGCCACACCGGUAUCCUCCCGCCGGCGCUGGCAGAGACGGACGUCGCCCGCACGGACAGAGGCUGCCAGAGCAGGAAAGGAGGCCAGCGGGGAGGAGCUGGGCGACCCCGGGGUGUAGCCCGGAGGGCCAGCGUGCGAUGACCUGCGGUCAGGACAGCCACUGGGGCGGGGGCGGGGGAGAGUGGGGCUGCCACCAAGGGCCACGGGAGGAGUAAUUUUUAAUAUAAUUUCCAACAGAGAAAAGUUGCUGCGUGCGAACUCCCGUUUACCGAGACUCCGUCCCCAGAUCUGUCUGCAUUUUUCCCUGAACCACUUGAGAUUCGGUUCAUUAUGCCCCUUCAGUUAAAGGAUUUAAAAAUCCUUAGUGUUCCUGAGCACAAGAAUGUUCUACCUCACCCCGGUACGAUGACCCAAAUCUGAAAAUUUAGUACAGAGAAAACCGUAUUCGCUAAGCCCCAGCUCCUACGAAAAUGUCGGCUGUCCCGCUCCCCGGGGCGCACCGGGACGGCCUUCAGCUCUCCGGCCGUGUGCCCAGGCUGGUCAGUGGGAUGCCCCUCGGUUGUGGCUGUGGGAGGUCCAGCAGCUCCUGGGGGAGGCCAGGUCCCGCAUACCGUCAGUACUGACCCAAGGGCUGGGGACUUCAUCCUGACCACUGAGGGAAG